AUUGCUCUUCAUACUCAGGCUGCACUGCCUGCACCUCACCUCUCUGCUCACUUUUGGAAGUUCACAUAUUUUUUGUUACAUAUGUUGCUUGUUUAUUGUUUUUCCUUGGAGUUGAUACAUUUGCACUGGUGUUUGCGGGGAUGCAUGAGCUGAUGCUGUGGAUUGUUGCACCUUGGAUUGCUACUUUCAAAGAUUAAUAGAGACUCUUGCAUCUUCCAAGACAAAAAAAAAAAAGAGAACACAGGACUUGAGCUGACCUCACUCAUUCACCCUGGAUGGGGGAUCUGGCUCUUUCCCCUUCUUUUAACCUCACUCACUACUUGCUGUUGGGUCCUGCUGCUUGAGGAUUACUCUCCCCGGACUGUGCUUCCAUUGGGGAUCCCUAUGUCCAUGUCUCGGAGAGGGGGAAUUACUUCUUUUCACUGCUAGAACUGAACUUGGGAAUCUGUCCCCAGAGAGUUAUUGAGACCUCUGUGUUUCGUCUUGCCAGGCACACGCCUGCUGCAAGACAGGGGGAUCUUUUUACACCACAGUCUUCGCAGGAUCUCCCAAACAGGAAAGAGGACCACAUAGUGGUCAUUACGUCUCAUGCUUGCUCACAGCCAACCAGAUGGGGUUGUUCUUGGUGUGGCGCUCAGGGAAAACAGGCGGUGGGUACACUGACAGCAUGCUGCUACUUCUUUGCCUGUUCCUGGCUGGCUUGGCAAUCGCCCGUCCUUCUUACAGCCGGGUGGAAGACACCACCGUUGAACCAGAAGAACCUCCAACCAAAUACCAAAUCUCCCAGCCGGAUGUAUUUACCGUUAGCCCCGGUAAGCCUCUUGAUCUGCGCUGUCCUUACAACAACGUGUCCCUGGUGGUUUGGACUAAGGAUGGGGUGAAAUUAGAAUCCAGCAAUAGGACGGUGAUUGUCAUGAACUACUUGCUGAUAAACGAGACGGUCCUCAGGGAUUCAGGGCUGUAUGCCUGUGCAGUGCAUAAAGGCGGCCAAAGCAAUGCACAUUUCUUCCUUGUGAAUGUCACAGAAGCCAGCUCUUCAGGAGACGAUGAAGAUGACAACGACACUGAUGUUUCUGAAAAUGUCAUCAAUGACAACAAUAAUAUCAAGGCUCCUUACUGGACCAAUCCUGAGAAAAUGGAGAAAAAACUUCAUGCUGUUCCAGCUGCCAAUACGGUGAAGUUACGAUGCCCAGCCGCAGGGAACCCUGAGCCUACAAUGAGGUGGCUAAAGAACAAUAAGGAGUUCAAACAAGAACAUCGGAUUGGCGGGUACAAAAUGCGUAACCAGCACUGGAGUCUGAUCAUGGAAAGCGUUGUGCCGUCGGACAAGGGCAUAUACACGUGUAUUGUAGAAAAUGAAUACGGGUCAAUCAAUCAUACAUAUAGCCUUGAUGUCAUAGAGCGCUCCUCUCAUCGGCCGAUACUGCAGGCAGGCCUCCCAGCCAACGCAACUGCAUAUGUUGGAGGAGAUGCAGAAUUUGUGUGCAAGGUAUACAGUGAUGCCCAGCCCCAUAUUCGUUGGGUGAGAUAUGUAGAAAAGAAUGGAAGUCGGUAUGGCGUUGACGGGAUCCCAUAUAUGAAAGUUUUGAAGGCUGCCGGUGUUAACAUUACAGAUGAAGAGAUAGAAGUCUUGUAUGUCAGAAAUGUUUCUUUUGAGGAUGCUGGGGAAUAUACUUGUAUAGCUGGAAAUUCCAUUGGGAUUUCUCAACACUCUGCCUGGUUGACGGUUCUGCCAGGUAUUGAACCAACCGAAGAAUCCAGUUCUUUGCCGUACUACAUGGAAAUUGGAAUAUACAUUGGUGGAACCCUUGUAAUCAUCGGCUUUAUUGCAGUUUGUGCCAUAUUCCACUUUUGCAAUGGAGCCAAGAAAAAGAAGACUCUAAUCGGGCCACCGGUUGUCCACAAGCUCAGCAAGCGAAUUCCUCUACACCGCCAGGUAACAGUGUCGGCAGAUUCCAGCUCUUCUAUGAAUUCUACAACUCCCCUGGUGAGGAUCACUACACGGCUCCUGUCCAGCGCUGACUCUGUUCUUCUACCAAACGUGUCAGAGUACGAGCUUCCCCAUGAUCCAAAGUGGGAAUUCCCAAGAGACAAAAUGACGCUGGGUAAACCUCUUGGUGAGGGCUGUUUUGGCCAAGUGGUCAUGGCUGAGGCUCUUGGGAUUGACAAAGACCGACCCAAGGAAUCUGUGACAGUUGCUGUAAAGAUGCUGAAAGAUGACGCUACUGAGAAAGACCUGGCAGACCUGGUCUCUGAGAUGGAGAUGAUGAAAAUGAUUGGGAAGCAUAAGAACAUCAUAAACUUGCUGGGUGCAUGCACCCAAGGAGGUACUCUAUAUGUAAUUGUAGAAUACGCUGCUAAAGGGAAUCUGCGAGAGUACCUCAGGGCCCGUCGACCGGUUGAGAUGGAAUACUCCUAUGACAUUAACAGGGUACCUGGAGAGCAGAUGACUUUUAAAGACUUGGUAUCAUGCACUUAUCAGCUGUCCAGGGGCAUGGAAUACUUGGCAUCGCAAAAGUGUAUACAUCGGGACCUUGCUGCUAGGAACGUGCUGGUUACUGAGAGCAACGUUAUGAAGAUUGCUGACUUUGGUCUGGCAAGAGAUGUCAACAAUAUAGAUUAUUAUAAGAAAACAACAAAUGGCCGGCUUCCUGUAAAAUGGAUGGCACCUGAAGCACUUUUUGAUCGGGUUUAUACUCAUCAGAGCGAUGUCUGGUCAUUUGGUGUGUUAAUGUGGGAGAUUUUUACCUUGGGAGGUUCUCCGUAUCCUGGGAUUCCUGUUGAAGAACUCUUCAAGCUACUGAAAGAGGGUCAUCGCAUGGACAAGCCCGCCAACUGCACCAAUGAACUGUACAUGAUGAUGAGAGACUGCUGGCAUGCCAUUCCUUCACACCGGCCUACUUUCAAGCAGCUGGUAGAGGAUUUGGAUCGAAUACUCACACUUACCAGCAAUGAGGAGUAUCUCGACCUCAGUGUCCCGUUGGAGCAAUAUUCUCCAAGUUUUCCUGACUCGUCAUGUUCUGCUUCCUCAUCCGGUGAUGAUUCUGUGUUUUCCCCAGACCCCAUGCCAAAUGAACCCUGCCUCCCCAAAAUCCAAAAUGUAAAUGGCAGCGUAAAUACAUGAGGCACCUUGCGUUCUGCUGUCCAGCUCUAAAGAGCGCUAUCAAUAGCACUGACUUCUUCUGCAGAACGCCAAAGUAUGUGGACCUUUCCGUGAAAGUGGACACAUGUUGGGAAGAGAACAUAGGGCAGAAUCCACUGGUUUUCUCUUGGAAUUCGACAAGUAUGAGAUGGCUGGCAAGCAGCAUUAACUCCCAAGUGGAUAAAGAAUGCAAAAGAGACAGCAGGAAGAAUGUGCCUGGUCAGUGACAUGAAGCUAGGUCAGGCAUGGCAAAGCCAGCUACGCUGUUGCUCCGAGGUGGAUUUCUAAGGACUCAAGGCUGAUACACUUAUUUUCUUGCCUUUCUUGUGAAUUUUGUAAUAUUCUGAGAAAAUAUAUUCCAGCACCCUAGCCCCUUCCAUCCUUCACCAGAGCACAUAUGCAGCAUUAUCGCUGUUGGAUAUAAAUGUAAAUAUAUUCAAAAUAUGUAUAAAUAUAUAAAUAUAUAUUAUAUUUACAAUGAAUUAUUUUUUGUAUUGAUUAAAAAAAAAGCUAAUAAAAAAAGCAAAGAGGAACCUUCCUCCCCCCUCCUCCUCUGCUGGGCAGGAGUGCCAGUUUUGUGCCAUGCUCCCAUCCAGCAGACAAUGUAGAUAUUUUGGAGUAUGUAUUCCUCUCUUAACGUAUUGAAAUACACAAAACUUGCCUCCUCCCAAAAAUAAACACCCGGUAAUGGCUGGGCGAAUGUUCUAAAGAUGUAAAAUAAAACCAUAUCGGGGUCAACUUUUUUAAUAUUUCCCUGCCGACCCUGAGAAUUUCACAGACCCUUCCAGAGAUCUAAGGACUUUGUGCCAGUGGUUGAUAUGGCGUAAAAAAACAACCCAACUAUGUUGAAUACUAUGAGCUCUAAAAAUUAAAGGCCUUAUUGUAAUAAAAGAUUUAUAUGAUAUUUAUGCUAUAAAUAGAAAGGAAUGGAUCUUUCUUUAAAGAGAAAAAAGUCUAUUUGUUUCUUUUUCAAUGCAAAUUAAAUGUACUAUGUGAAUAACGGUGGAAAAGACCGAGGCUAUGCUGAAUUUGUAAAUAAUCGGACAGGUUUCUACUCUGAUUUAUUUUUUUCUGUAUUUCUACCACUUGUUUGUGAGUAGAGAUGUGGGGAAACUAGGCAUGUAGACUGUGAUAACACAUUAAUCAUAUCAUCCUAAAUCAUGAAACAGUCAUAUUUAAUGCACACCUAAUCGAUGCUGUACAGAGUAAUGAAGACCUUUCCACUGGUAUGGAAGCACUGAACUUCUAAGUACAACCCUUUGGUGGACCAUGGACCACACGUGAGGCUACUGAUGUCAGAAUUUUUGUAGUGUCAAACUCACUUCUCUAAGAAAUGUAUGAAAUAAAGUUCAUAUGUAAAAACUU